AGGAGGCGUCCGCGUUUGGCUGGUAUUUAGCAACAAACAGAAGGUUACGAGUUUAAAAAAUUGGAUUAUUUGAUCAUCUGACUCGCUUUACGUAAACCCGAGCGGUAUGGAAUAUGUCGGAUAACAGCCCGGAGCUUGUUGGCUCGCUUUGGACGGGAUCCGCCGCUGAUUUGCAACAAUUUGGGAUGAUUGCGGGGAGACAACCUCGCUUUUAGGUCGUUCAAGUGGCGAUGCUGAGCAGAUAGCUGCAUCAUCAUGUUGUUGCUUCCUACUCGAGUUAGCGAAAAGAAAUCUCAAGUUCACGGCGGAGGUAAAGCUGCACGUCGUCAUUUAGCCCCUGAGGCCAAGCCCGGCCACUGAAAUAGAUGGAAGGAGGACUGAUGAUAAACAGGAGUAGUCGGCGCUGAUCCGGUUCUACGUGGUCACCGUGAAACCGGUGACUUUUUAUCACUUGGCGUUUGACGUUAAGUUACGCCUCAGAUUGGCGCGAUAACGUUACUCUUCUGCAUUUAUUAUCUGCACAUGGGUGGGCAGUCAUACCGUCAAUAUUGGUGUUGGUGAACACAGAGCCAAAGCAAAAAAAAAAAAAAAAAAAAAAAAAAUUGCAGAUCAGUACAACUAAACCUUUCCCAAACAAAAAUCUAACUGAGAUAAUAUUUGAGCGAUUUUUUUGUUGUUUGUUUUUAAAUCUUGUAUUCCCGGCAGCUAUUUACAUUUGGAGGAGGGAUGUUCUCCUGGACAGAGCUUUACAGUGCCGGAGCCUCCAAUGAAAUGCUGCCAACUUUUGCUUUUGUUGACUAAAUCUAAACUAAUAGCCCAGAUUACCCUAAUUUAAGAGAAUAUCCUCGUAAGACAAUAAUUAAGGCUAAUUUCCGCUAACGGGUCUGGAUCUCUUAUAGCCUCCCAAUGGGAUAGGCUGCCCUAAAACUGAAAAGGAAAAGGUUUGAUUGUCGGGGCUCAUUAUUAGGUUGGUGGGGGUCCCUCUCGUCUCCUGUCAUCGGACCCACGUGGAGCUUAUGUCGGGCCGGUGGGCAACUUUUGGCUGCUGCAGCUCCCUGCCGUGACGCGCAAAGCGGCGACUCGGUGAGCCGACACAGGACUGAGUUUUUGUUGAUUUCGGGAGCCACGCAGAGGAAGACGCCGCGGUGCUUCCGACACGGGAUAAAGUUACACUACACAUCAGAUAAUCAAGCCCCGUUAAAAUGGCCGGCGAUUGCACCUACAACAACGCGCAUUACGGAAACACAGAGACGUUUUGUCCGUCCAAGCUGUGGUCGGACGGAGACGGGGCGGCAGCCGGGGAGAUGGAUUCAGUCGGUAACUUGAAAGGGCGUGGACCGACACCGCGCUCGCCCAACUUUGAGGUGAUCGACGGGCUGCUCUACCGUAAGAAGCUGGAAAAGGGCUUCAUCAACUACCGGGAGGUUUUACACGAGGACCGGAGACACGAAGCGAUCUCCACCUUCCACCGGAGGCGGCCCGGCCUGCGCCACCUCUCCCUGGAGGAGACCUACAAAUGCGUGGCUGAAAACUACUGGUGGGAGGGUAUGUAUUUCCAGAUAAGAGACUUUGUCCUGGGCUGUCCAGAGUGCCCGAGGCAGUGCAGCCAGAGAUCGCAGGAUCCGGGCGGCGGAGGGCGUGUCUCGAAGACGAUGACGUCCCACGGCGAUUACAUGUUGAGUAAGCUGAGGAGCCAGCGGGAGGCGGGGCUGUUCUGUGACAUCACGCUGCGGACAGACGGACGAUCCUACUCGGCCCACAGAGCUGUGCUGGCGGCGGUCAGCGAGUACUUCCAGGAAAUCUUUACAGAGAUGGACUCCAGUACAAAAACAGACGUUGAUCUCACCGGUUUCAGUGAGGAGAGCUUGCUGUCCCUGCUGGAUUUCUCCUACUCCUCCACUCUGUGUGUGCGUCAGGAGGACUUGCCUGAGGUCAGUGCCAUGGCCCGCCACCUGGGCAUGUGGCCUGCUGUGGAAGCCUGCUCCGCCCUUCUGAAAGAACAGGAGCAGCCGCCCUCUCGCUGCCCCAAGACGGAGAAUCCAAGCCAUCGUUUCCCCUCAGCCAGCGGGGGUCCCCGCCACGAGCUUCAGCACCAGCAGAGGGAAAAGAAAAGGAGGAGGAUCUCGGCAGGAGAAGACAAGGUGAACCAUGGCUUCAGUCUGACGCUGGAUGCAUCAGACGAGUCUUUGGAAGAGAGUCCCAAGCGCAAUUUGCGUGGACCGCCGAGACUGCAACCGCAAGGCCACAAUGGUCUUCCUCUCAGUCCCACACACAGGAUGAAGCUCAUGGACUUCAAAUCUCCCUCUUCCAAGAAGAACACGGCCACCCGCAACUCCUUAUCUACCCCACAGUCACGAAAUUGUGCCACCUUGUCUCCAUCAAAUACCCGUCUUCUCCGCUCCACUCCUGGCGCUGCCCAGGAGGUUCAGAAAUUGCUUCCCAGGCCAGAGAGCCCUCGGCGAAACAAAAAGUCUCACUCCAUCCCCCUUCCUCCCUGCACCUCUAGACAGAGGCCCGGUUCUGUGUGUAACCCAGUCAGAGUAAAACAGGAAGUUGAGGAGUUGGGAGAGGAUGAAGAGGACUACGCUCGAGCGCAGGAGAAAUACAGGCUCAUGAGCGUCCUGGGGCUGCAGAGGACUGCCCUCCUUCCCAGACCGGAAGAUCUGAUCGGCUGGAGACAGAAGAAGCGCUUGAGGAAGUUAAAGGCCAACAACUACUCACUAACCAAACGGCGGAAACCCCGCACCCCAGCCCCAGAAGUAACAUUUGGAGAUCUGCCAUUAUCCCUUCCCCUGUGUAACCCCGUUAACACUCGCCUGAUCAGCAGGGUCAUCAAGACUGAGCCUGCGGGUCCAGUCAGCAUUGAUGAGAUAAGGGUGAAGAGGCCAAGGUCCACCCCAAGACCCAUCCCGCCAAGUGACAGGAGCAUGCGGAGUAAAGGGACAUUACCAGAGAUGCUCCAGCCUUCGUCCAGGCCUUCCUUUGGGGGUAGGGAGCUCAGGCGCUCAGUAAGGAGGGGUAAUAGUGCCCCUCCUCCCUCCCAGUCCACUCCUCGCCACGCCAACUCCAAAGCCCUGGCAAGGAAAACAGUCAGGAUUAAAGCAGAACCGGCUGAAUAUUCCAUCUCAGGCACCCCUCUUCCGACAAACAGCCGCCGCCGUCACACACCUCGCAGUCUGCCGCCCCCGCUGAGGUCACAGGCCAGAAGUAAGGUGGCAGCGGAGACGGUCAAAACGUUGCGGUACAACAGCGGGCGACCGGUGACAAAGGCCAAGCUUAGGCGGAACACCACGAGGGAGCCUGACAAGACACAGUGGAAAACCCCCAGAAGAGAGGUCACGGACACGAGCCCAAGAGUUCAUGAUAACGAAUCUAUUGGGCUCCAGAUAUCUGACCAUGUGCCUCCACCAUCCAUCUACAACCACCCUCUGUAUAAGGUCAUUAAAGAGGAGCCAGCAGACCCCCUGCCAGUGGCUGGCCCCUUCCCUGAUCCUCCGUCACCAGAUCUGGGCAAACGCCAGAGCAAACCCCCCAUCAAACUGCUGGACCCAGGCUUUCUCUUCAGCUUCUGCCGGCCGGCGGGGGGGCCCAUGGCCGUAGUGAAGAGGGAGGAGGAGACUGUGGAUAUCUGCCUGACACGCUCCGUGUCACAGGUGCGAGAGAAAUUUGGAGCUGAGGAGCCCCCGCACAGGGCACUGAGAGCAAGAGGAGGGUCCCACACCGUGCCUCAGGUGAAGAGGGAGACAGAGGAGAGGAGUGUGAGCCAAAGCAGAGUCCAGAGGGCCAAGUCAAAAUCCCACAGCAGUGCUCUUCAUCUGGCCAAAUCUACAGGGUCAAAGACCGUGCGGACCAUGCCAAAGCAGCAAGGCAAAUGCCUCCCUCUUAGCGGCAAGAGGUGUGUCUUGCUUGAGUCCAUCCGCCGGGCGAGGCUAAAGCAGCUUCGGGGGCCCCGUAGUCAGGCCCCCAAGGCCCCAAAGGGUGCCCAUGCCUGUCCUCAGUGCCACACCUCCUACAGGGACUGUGAUGCUCUCAUCAUGCAUCGCCUCAGGCACAUCGAGGGCAAGCACUGGCCAUGUCCGCUCUGCAGCAAGACGUUCUUUCGACUGAGGAAUGUGCGGAACCACAUCCGCACCCAUGACCAGAAGUUGUACAAAUGCCGCAGCUGUAUCGCCGCCAGCGCCUCCUGAGGGGUGCUCACCGGCCGGCGGGAGACCGAGGGUGAAGCCUGUCAGAGUCUUGAGAUCAGCGAGCAAGAUGGAGAGGGAGGCACGCGGUCGAUCAGCAGCUUGUACAUACAAAGCAUCUGUCACACACAAGCACAACAGUCUGUGGGAAGGCAUAAUUACUCUGAUUCUAAUCAUUGCAGUUGUCAGUGAUUGCUAAUUGUUAUUUAAAUAACCAAACCAAGGUUCCUGUUUGCAUUCUGGUAGCUACAGGGGUUAAACUUGGACGUUACACUCAGGGGGCGGGGAACUGUGAUGCCACGGUGUAAAGUGUCGAAACAUCACAGUUGUGUACAAAAAUGAAAUGCAAAAUGAUUGUGAUGAUAAUUAUUACUACUACUUAUUACUAUCUUAUUUUUCUAUGUAUAGAUGAUUCUCGAGUGCACUUAUAUUAUAGCUUAUGUUGUAAACCUAAGAAACGGUAAUGAAAUUGAAGGUUGGAGUCCACGGUGGGAAUACUUGAAGUGAUGCUGGAGCUGGAGGGAAUACUUGAAGUUGGAGGCCGUCUCAUGAGCGAGACGGCCCUGUGGGUGUUUCAGUGGGUGUCCCCUAGUCUUUGUCCUUUGGUGUUCAGAUUAAGUAUGACUUGGCUAGUCUCUCUCUCCCUCCCUUUGUAUUGAUCUGCUAGUCUCACUUUAGUCCAAGAUUUCGGGGGGAGGGGGGUUGACGGGGUUAAUAUGACGACACCGCUGCAUGUGUGUUUGCAGGUUCAUUGUAAUCCACUGUCUUUUGUAAGGCUGCCGGUUUUAAAGAAAAAAAAAAAAAGGGAAAACUCGUCUGAUUUUGAUGUGAAUUUCGGAGUAGUAAUCAACACAACUGUGUCAUAACAGGCAUUUUAUUGAUCUUUUCUCCCACUUUAAUCCAAGACAAGGCACUUGUCUUCCUUGUUAUAUUUCAUAUUUUCCCUCCUACUGAAUAAAUGCAAUGUGUGCACAUAAAGAGACAUUUUAAUAUGUUUCACAAGUUGAUUUUAGAAAUAACUGAACAUUGUCCCUUGUUAUCUGUAAAAAGAUACUGAAUAAAUUUUUGCCUUUUA